AUGAGUCGCGAAACAGACGUUCUGAUCGUCGGCGCAGGGCCGAUCGGCCUUCUGGCCACAUACAUGCUUGCAAGACAAGGCAUUACGACCCUUACGAUCGACAAAGAGGACAAGACGGCGUCAGACUAUCCUAUGACUGGAAGGGCUUGCUGUCUUUACCCUCGCACACUUGAGUUUCUCGACCAGCUGGACCUCUACGAUGACUUAGCCCAGACGGGCUUCAUUUCCCGUGGCACAGUGACUUACGAAAAGACUGGCUCGAGAAUAGCGACAGGCAUCAGCACGCUUUUGCACGGCGUCAAAGAUAGCUAUUUCGACCACACGUUACAUGUCCGGCAGAAGUAUUGCGAGGAUGCAUUUCGCGACGCUGCUGCGAAGCACGGUGCUAAAGUCACAGUGCCAGCGACCCUAAAUCGAAUCGCGGUCAGCGAAGAGACACCAGAUGACUACAAGGUGUCCGCGACCUAUCUGGAUGCGGCUGGUGAUUCUGUCGAAGUCCGAGCGAAGUACUUGAUUGCCUGUGAUGGUGGAAAAUCAGCAGUCCGGAAGUUGGCAGGCAUACCCUUCGAAGGCGAAAGCUCAGUACAUCAUCUCGUCCGUAUGGAUGCUGUUGUCGAAACGGAUAUGCCAGAGCCACGUUUGGGGUUCGCAUUCAUCCACUCCCCCACUCAUGGACACAUUCUGUGGACUGCAAUAGACCAUGGAGCCACUCGAAUCGGCUACGGUCUCAAUGCAGCGCUGUUCCAGAAGUACGGACUUGAAAUGAGUGCCGAAGACGCCAUGUACGAAGCGAAGCAAGCUGUACUGCCAUUCAAGCUCGAAUUCAAGCAGCUAGAUUGGUUCACAGUCUAUGUCAUACAACAACGUAUAGCAGAAAAGUUCCACGACCACAGCAGACGAAUCUACUUGGCCGGCGAUGCUGCACAUACGCACAGCUCUGCAGCCGCGCAGGGGAUGAAUACCGGGAUCCAUGACGCUACAAAUCUGUGCUGGCGUCUUGCAGGCGUGCUCAAGGGCACGCUUCAUCCUCGCGUGCUAUCGACAUAUUCCGACGAACAACGCAAAGCCACGCAGGAGCUCAUUGCCAUUGACAAAACCAUCUCGGUGUUGGUCUCAGGCCAUAAGCCCGAACAUCUGGCCAGCUCGCCAAAGUCCCCGUCUGAGCUGCUCCAGGAGUUCCUCAAAGGCGUAUAUGCGUUCAACUCGGGACUUCCAAUCAACUAUGAGCCGAGUUUCAUAAACGACAAAGCCAACAGCCUCGCCAUCGGUCUCGACAUUGGUCAUCGUGUUCCAGACACACUGCUGCAUAAACCCGGCUUACGACUUCCCUGUCUGGUGUUCACAGGGGAUCCAGCUCGUCCUCCAAUCCUAGAGGCAAUCCGUCAAAUGAAACCGCAAGAUCGAUUAAUCCAGACCCCCGUGAUGGACCUCUUCACCAUUGUUCCCGGAGUCGGCUUCCAGUUCGAUGAGACUCUGGGCUUUGAGAGAUUUGGCAACGCGUACUGGGAUACGGAGUGGAAAGCACACCUCGAGUUUGGAAUCGGGGUUGCACAAGGCGCAUGUCUUGUCGUGAGACCUGAUGGGAUUCUUGCGUUCACUGCUGCAUUGAGCGUUGAGGGCUUCGAAAAUGUCCGGCGUUAUUUCAGCGAGCUUGAGGCUUGA